GCAUAUGGACUCCUAGGAUACAUUCGCAUCUUUGUUCAUGAGCACACGAUAGUGAACAACCAUGAAGAGAACGCCCUACCGGAUCUAAGGAUUGAUAAGCCAUUCCCAAAACUAUUGGAAAUGGCUGCAAAUACGGACUUGAAUUCUAUGACUUUGGAAGAGUUACGGCAUACACCUUACAUCCUCUUAUAUCUGAUUGCUCUCCAACAUUACCGGAUUGAAGUAGGAGAUGAGCAUGCGUUUCCUGAUACUUACGCUAAGCGGAAGAGUUUCUUGGAAGUUUUAUUGAGGUUGCGCCGCGAGGGUGAAUGCGGAUCGCCGGAUGCUGAAAACUUUCUAGAAGCUAAGACGGCGCUGCCCAGAUCCUUGCAAAGGAGCGAAUCGAAAUUCAGUUUGCUUGAUCACUCAUCAGCUCGACAGGUGCCACGUCGAGUUGCGGAGAUUCUCAUGGAUCCUAAAUGUGGGGACACGUCAAGGUGUGCGCAACCUUUCUGGAUAAUAUGCGCUGCGUUACGUCGUUUUGUCAAUGCUCAUGGUGUGCUACCGCUUUCGGGAGUCCUACCGGACAUGACUAGCGACAGUAAAAGGUAUUCCCAUCUUGCUUCACUUUUUCAUGAGAAAGCGCUCGCUGAUGCGGCUGAAGUUUAUGAACAUACUCGACAAAUUGUACAAGAACGAGGUAUUGAGACUAAUAUCACAGAAGAUCUUUGUUUUCGAUUUUGUAAAAAUGCUCGAGGUAUUCGACUUCAACGUGGGACGGAAAGGGAUUCUUUGGAAGCGUUCCAGACUCUGUUAGCUGAGAUUGCGAAUAGUGUAGAAGAAGAGCAGACGGUGCCAGCAGCAGUUUGGUUUCUCUUGUUACGAGCGGCUGAUAAAUUCUGUCGCGAAAAAGGAAGGUAUGCCUGCUUGCUACUUCUGCACCUAGUUCAUGGUAUGUGUAUUAACAGAUAUCCUGGUACGAAUGGUGUUCCAUGCACUAUUGAUGCUCUUGAUCUCAAACAGCGUGUUGUUUCCAUUGUUUCUUCUGCACAUGUAAAACCUGCCUUCUUAUUCUUUUCUUUGCGGGUAACUAAUCCGGGAACUGUAAUGGCACGCGUGCCACAGAAUGCCAUCGCUGAAAUGUGCAGAUACGGAGCAGGAGAGCUGCACGUGGUCGCCAGCUUAAUCGGGGGUGAGUAUGAAUUUGCUAAAAUGACUUUUGGGUUGGUUCAGUGUGCAUAUGCAGCUAAACAAAGUUAGUA